UUCUUCCCUACCUGAGGAUUUUUCCGCAUGCACAAUCACAAGUGACUGGCUUCUUCAUUUUCCGGAAGCAGGGGACCCAACAGUACUCGAUUCAUCAAUUAUCCGAAGAUGAAUGCCAACAUUACCCCACGCGAGCUGCCGGAACGACAGAAGAAACUCCAGCCGAUCUUGGGUAUCCCUGUACCGUAUCUCUUUGCCGCGACAUCAGUCCUAUCUGUCGCUCUCUUUACCUGGCCCUUGAGAUGGAUUGCUUCUGGCGCAGCCAUUCUGACUUACGCCAUUCUCUCCGGCGCCGCCAAUGGUCAUAGAAUCUUGCCCUUCUUUAAUAUCUGGUCUUUACUUCUGUUGAUCAACCUCUCGUACGGUGUUGCUGCAACCUCCUGGCUCCUACAUGGCGUAUUCGUCGCAACAUGUUACCCGGGAAUCUUCUUGACAUGCCUCUUCCAGUUUGAUCCCGUCGGACGCUUCGUCAGAAGGCGUGUCAGAAAUGUCCUCAAGCAGCUCCAAUUCAUCGAUGACCAGAUCGCCUUCUUUGACCUUCCGGCUCUGGAGAUUGAUGUUGAUGUCAAUGGACUGAUGAACAUCCGUGGUAUGACUUUCUCUCUGUCCUCACUCAUGAUCAUCGCACAUGGCGUUGAGGUGGGCAUCAAGUUCUCUGAAGACAUGGAGGUUGCGAUUGCUGUGGACGAGGUCCGAAUCCGCCUCUUCAGAAGAAUUGAUAUUUCUGAUGUCUAUGCAAAUGUCAAGGGCGGCGAGCUUGAGAUGUCGCUUAGAAAGCUUGCAGAGAAUGGCAGAACGCCGACCGGUGAAUCUUUCAUGUCAUCUGACACCCCUCUACUUGCUACUGCCGCAAUGACUGGCGAUACACGUUCUCCCAUGAUUGCCAUGACAGAAAAGAUGACCAAUGGUUCCGCUCCCGAGCACAUCUCACCCAGCGUCGGGCUCAAGGGCGUCAAACAGCUAUCUCCUGAUGACGACCACGCAAGGGAAACUUACAAGAAUAUCAUCAACUACAUCCACGAGAGUAGCGUCAUUUCCGUCAGUCAGAAGGAAGUUGAAGAGGCAUUGAGAAAGAAGCAUGUUGACGGCGACCUUCUCGACAACAAGAAAGACUACCGCUCUGCCAUCUGUUCUCAAUUACACGAAAAGCCCACGGUUCCUCACUGCAGCAAGCGAUCUAUUCGUGUAUCAACCUUGCAGCAAGAUAUGCCCAUGCGCAAGUUCCUUCACAGACUUCCUCUGCUUCUCAGAUGUCUUUUGAAUCCUAUCGCAUACUUCCAUCCAGUCUACAUCAAGUCUAUCACAGCUGGUGGCUCGGGUGCUCUGAUUGAGAGUAUGCUACACCAACACAUCUUCAAAGAUCACCCUGAAGAGGCCUCAGACGUUAAGAACCUCAAGAGGCGUAUCUCAGCGUGGCUCAAAGAUGCCAACUUUGUGUUUGAGGCCGAGAAGAUCACUGGCAUGGCCUCUGUCCCCAUCAACCCUGUCUUCAACAUCCUCUCCGACCUCCUGUUCGACGACAUCAUGGUCUACCGCACAGUAAAGGAACAGGUCGACUACAACCAGAUUGUUCGUCUUGGAGGUGCAGAUGCACGUAUCAGCGUGCCAUCUUUCCUGCUGCCCCACCACGAACACAUUCUUCCACCUGUUCCGACCUCAGAAGACGAAGCAGCCGGACAAGAAAAGAUCGACAAUGCCGACAGUCAGCCCAAGACUAUCCAAGCCGAACAGGAACUGGCCCAGCUACGCAAAGACGAAACUAACGUCAACGUCUCUGCUCACGUGCGCCUUCCUGCUUGCUUUGACCAGAACCUCCUGGACUUUGUCGCAGCCCUUGUCAAAGCCACCAAGAUUGUUGAAAUGGACAGGGGCGAAAAGAGCUUGGACAAGGAGAUCCACGGCUUUAGAGAGUUCACCAAGGCAGUCAAGACCGACCUCAACGACAAGAUGAGAAGAGUCGCUGUUGACGCUGCUGCCAACGACAAGUGGAUUGCUAAGUUGGUUGGUAAGGUGACCAAGAAGCUCGAAACGAUGCAAGGAGACAUCGGAUACAGUGGUGACUUACCAGUGGCUUUGGAUGUCUACCGCAAGAAGGCUGAGUCUGCCAGCAAGCUCAUGCCUUGAUGAACCAGAAAUUUGGACGACAGAAAUAAGUGUAACAGAAUAAUGAAAUAGUACUACCACAGAGACAGCAGAGUAAUCAAGUAGCAUACAACUUAUAAACAAAUCAUUUCAAAAGCCCUUCCAGAGGCAUCUUUUACU